AUGAUGGGACUCACAGAGUGCCUGUUUCUGCUUCUGUCCACCACACAGUUCAUCCUAGGAAUGCUGGGGAACGGCUUCAUUGUGUGGGUCCAUGGCAGUAGUUGGCUCAAGAGCAAGAGAAUCUCUUUGUCUGACUUCAUUGUCACUACACUGGCUCUCUCCAGGAUUGUUUUACUGUUUUCUCUCUUGGCUGAUGGAGUUUUAAUGUUGUUUCCUUCCAAAGUAGGUGAUAAAGGAAUAGCAGAGCAUUUUCUUGAAAUUAUCUGGACUUUUACAAAUGAUUUGAGCAUUUGGCUUGUCACCUGUCUCAAUACCCUCUACUGCCUGAAAAUUGCCAGUUUCUCUCACCCCACAUUCCUGUGGCUCAAGUGGAGAGUCUCCAGGUUGGUUGCAUGGAUGUUGCUGGGUGCUCUGCUCCUGUCGUGUGCAAGUGCCACGUCUCUGAUCCAUGAAUUUAAGAUCUAUUCUGCUUUGAUUGGAGUCGAUGUCCCAAGGAAUGUGACUGAGCACUUCAGAAAGAAAAGUGAAUAUGAACUGAUCCACGGGCUUGGGAUACUGUGGAACUUUCCUCCCCUAAUUGUGUCUCUGGCCUCCUCCUUUCUGCUCAUCCUCUCCCUGGGGAGGCACACGCGGCAGAUGCAGCAAAAUGGCACCAGCUCCAGUGACCCAAGCACUGAGGCCCACAAGAGGGCCAUCAAAAUCAUCCUCUCCUUCCUCUUUCUCUUUCUACUUUACUUCCUUGCCCUUUUAAUGAUAUCAUCCAGUCAUUUCCUACCAGGAACUCAGAUGAUUAGGAUGAUUGGAGAUAUAAUUAAAAUGUUUUAUUCCACUGGCCACUCAUUUAUUCUCAUUCUGGGACACAAAAAGCUGAAGCAGUUGUUUGUGGAGAUGCUCUGGUGUGAGCCUUGUUAUCUGAAGUGUGGGUCCAAGGUGGCCUUUUCUCCCUAA